AUGCAAACCCUCGUCAAAGAGGUCGGCGCGGACAUGGAUACGGAGUACCCCACCGAGAUGCACGCGUUCCUCGGCAUCAUCCAAGAAGAGCAAAAGAUCUACGACGCAGUCUUCCAGGAGCUUAUCCGGCAGGUGACGGUCAACAUGAUCGAGCGCGGGGAGGUGCUUGCGGAGAUCAGGAAUAGAUAUGCGAAUAUGUUCACCAAGAUCCCCAAACAUGUCAAGCACCUGCAUAUGGAGCUGGUCGCGCAACGGAAGUUGAACAGAAGGCUGACGUUGGAGCUGCUGCAUUCGCGCGAGACGGUCGGGGAACUUAUCCGGGACUUGGGGAUCAUCCGAAAGCAUGAUAUGGAUAUCACGAAGAAGGCGCAGGACUCGCAGGAGAAGCUCGUCUCCGUGUUGACGCAAAGCGACAACACCGAGGAGAUCCUGGAGGAGUACCAUAAGCUGUACCGGAUGCAGCGGGACCGGUUGGAGGACGCGGUGCGGAUUGCGGAGCAGGAGAAACGCAUGUGGGUGGACGCCGCGACGGCGCUGGCGUUGCGGAUCGGGCAGGAGCAUGGGAUGACCGAUCUUGUGUUGCUGCAAAAGUACGAGCAUGCCCGGUUACGGUGCACGAACCACAUCACGACGAUCCUAGCCAACACCAACGACUCCCAACUCCGCGCGCUCGAAAAAAAAAUCGACGAGUGGCGCACGAAGCUGCUUCGGCUGUCCCAGUCCGUCGUCGAGGAGGACCAGCACAACAUCGAGACGUUGGCCAAGAUGCAGCGCGAUAUGGAUAUGGUGAUGAAGAAUCUCGAGGCGAGCGAUUCCGGGCCGGGGGACCCACUCCUCGAGAACGAGCACCCGUUGGUGAAAGCGAUCCAGAUCCAUGACGUGCAGAGCCUCGCGGACCAUCUCCGCCGGUGGGUCGAGAGCGUCACCACCGUCGCGAUCCGGUUCACUUCCGAUCGGGAUGUUGCGCUUCAAGAGCAGAUCAGCGGGAUCCGCCGAGAGACAGAACUCUGGGUCGAGGCGUGCUUCAAGCUGCUCCGCCGCAACGAGCGGAAUACGAAUGGGAGGGAUUAUGCGCCGCUCAGCGAGUUUUUGAGUCGGAUUGGGGUCGAGGUGCAGGAGUGGCUGAAUAAGCUCGAACAGCGAGUGUCUGGCGACGACGGAAUAGCCACGCAUGUGAUUAGUUUGCAGAAUCAGCUGGAAGAUAGAUACACGACUUACGGCGCAAAAGACCUCUCCAAACCCCUUCCAACCCCCGACCGCCAAGCCCUCUGCGACGCACUAUACGCCUGGACCUCCCAAAUCGGCAAAAACAUCAUAGACUCCCUCUCAAACACAACCGAAAAAGAACAACACAAAAUUCCCCUCCACGUCGAAAACCUCCUCUCCCGCCUCUCGGACCAGUUGAACACCGAUACCGAUGUCAAAAACGAAGAAAACAUGAAACUCCACACAAACAUAACCGCCUGGACAGUCCAACUCCUCGUGCGCGCAGGCAAAGAGCGCCCCUCCGAAUCAUGGGACCACGCCUUCUCGCAGCUUCUGCAGGAUCUGGCCGCGUUCAACAUCAACCUUCUACGUGAUUGUGCCGAGGUUGAGACGAUCGGUGAAGAUAACAAAAACUUGCAAGAUUCUGUGAGGUGGGGUGAUAUGCCAUGA